UAAAAGAAAGUUUCGGCCUUCAAAAUUACUGCGCAUAACCUGCACCAAAGAUAUGUAUGAUAGAUAACAUAAGCAUUUUAAUGGACUACACCAUAUACUCUUCUUCAUCUCUCAUCUCUUCAAAGCACUACUCACAAACAUCACUCAAUAAUGGAAAACAACAGUAAUGACCAGAACAACCCUCAUAUUCUGAUGAUCCCUUACCCUCUCCAAGGCCACGUAAUCCCUUUUGUUCAUCUGGCCAUCAAGCUUGCCUCCAACGGCUUCGCCAUCACCUUCAUCAACACUCUUUUCAUUCAUCACCAAAUAACCAGAGCCCACUCCCACGACGGCACCCAUGACAUCUUUUCCCAAGCACGUAAAUCUGGCCUUGACAUACGCUACACAACUGUUAGCGACGGUUUUCCACUUGGGUUCGACCGAUCCCUCAACCACGACCAGUUCAUGGAGGGCCUUCUCCAUGUAUUACCUGCACAUAUCGAUCAACUUGUGAGAGAUAUAGUGGAAAUGAACCCCGAAGUUUCUUGCUUCGUCUCUGAUACUUUCUUUGUUUGGUCAUCCAUGAUUGCCAACAAGUAUAACCUUGUUAAUAUUUCGUUUUGGACUGAACCAGCUUUGGUUUUUACCUUGUAUUAUCACAUGGACCUGCUCAGAAUCCAUGGCCAUUUUGAUUCAGCGGACAAUCGAAAGGACACAAUUGAUUAUAUUCCUGGAGUUGCAGCAAUAGAGCCAAAGGAUCUGAUGUCAUAUCUGCAAGCAGCCGAUACUAAAACGGUGGUGCACCGAAUAAUAUACAAGGCAUUUGAAGACGUAAGAAAAGUUGAUUUUAUCAUAUGCAACACAGUGCAAGAGCUGGAGUCAGAAACCAUUUCAGCUUUACAAAAAAAGCAUCCAGUUUUCGCUAUUGGACCCAUUUUCCCAAGUGGGUUCACCAAGAGCAUCGUGGCUACAAGCCUCUGGUCCGAGUCCGAGUGCACACAAUGGCUCAACACAAAGCCUCAUAGCUCAGUUUUGUAUGUGUCAUUUGGCAGCUAUGCACAUGCAAGUAAGGAAGAUAUGCAGGAGAUAGCACUAGGGCUUUUGGUCAGUGAAGUGAAUUUCAUUUGGGUGCUUCGCCCUGAUAUCGUUAGUUCUGAUGAAACCCAAUUCCUGCCCGUUGAUUUUGAAGAAAAUAUCAAAGGUCGAGGGUUGAUUGUUCCAUGGUGUUGCCAGAUUGAUGUGAUUUCACAUCCAGCAAUUGGAGGGUUUUUAACUCAUUGUGGCUGGAAUUCGAUAUUGGAAAGUAUAUGGUGCAAUAUUCCAUUGUUGUGUUUUCCUCUGCUGACUGAUCAAUUCACUAAUAGAAAAUUAGUGGUUGACGAUUGGAAGAUUGGAAUUAAUCUUUGUGACAAUAAACCGAUCACAGGAGAGAACGUAAGGGAGAAUAUCCAUCGUCUGAUGAGUGGAAAAUCAAGUGAAGAAUGGAGGAAGAAUGUAAGUGGGAUGAGAAAUAUAUUAGAGAAUGCAUUGUCCAAAGAUGGAUCAUCAGACAAAAAUUUCAACCAAUUCAUCAACGAUAUGAAGGUCAAAAUUCUAAAGAAACGCAUAGCUUAAGUGAACAUUAUUGUGCUUCAUCUUAUAAUUUAUGCAUCAUGGGGAGUUUAUUAGUGUUCUUACUAUUUUCUUUUUUUUUUAAUUUAUAAUAAGAUUAACAUUACGUGUGUUUAUAGUAUUUAGAUAAUAUUUUAUUAUUAUUCAAAUAUUGUUACCUAUAUUUCAUUACUAGUGAUCAUGUAGCAUGGAUUGGGUCAUUAUCAUGGUUGAGUACUUCAUCUGAUGAAGAAAAUAAAUAUGUAGGGUCUCAAUUAUUUGAAUUCUCAA